AGCAGCUUCACCCUCCGCUCGACCCUCAUCCGCCACCAUCGCGCCGUCCACAGCAGAGAGAAGCCCUACCAGUGCUCCCAGUGCGAGAAAAGCUUCAGCUGGAGCUCAUCCCUCCUCAUGCACCAGCGUACCCACACCGGCGAACGGCCGUACCAGUGCUCCCAGUGCAAGAAAGGCUUCAGCCGCCACUCAGCCCUCAUCAUGCACCAGCGCACCCACACCGGCGAACAGCCGUACCAGUGCUCCCAGGGCGGGAAGAGCUUCAGACACUCCUCGAGUUUACUUGAGCACCAGCACACCCACACCGGGGAGAAACCCUACCAUUGCGCCCGCUGCAGCAAGAGCUUCAGCAGCUCCUCCACCCUCUUCAAUCACAAAUGUGUUGACACCAGCGACUGGCCCCACCAGUGCUCCCACUGCGGGAGGAGAUUCAAGCUCCACUCCAACCUGACAGCACACCAGCGAACCCACGGCAGCGAGCGGCCCUACAAGUGCGGCGAUUGCGGGAAGAUCUUCAAGCGCAGCUCAGCCCUGACCCUCCACCAGCGCACC